GCUUCCGGUGGAACAGCCCCGCGAUGUUGCAAAGGUCUCCAUAGUUUAACCCAAGGUCUCGUCUUGUCACUCGAACUCCGGUGGCAACAACAGAGCCGCGGCAGAAGCAAUUUUCAGAGCUCACUCCGUUUUGGAGGAUCGAAUCUCUGUAUUUUUCUCCACAAAUUCGCCAUGGAGAAGAAGCAGCUGAAAGAAAUGUCUGUUCAAGAGUAUCUGGAUAAGUACAUGCUCUCCCGAAAAAUCGAGGAAGCGGUCAAUGCUGCUGUUAGGGCGAAAACUCUCGAUCCCGUUCUCUUCAUUUCGAAUCAUAUGAAGAAAGCGAUUCCUUCAAUGAUUACAAAAGUUAAAGCCCGGCAGAUCCUCGAUAGUAGAGGAAUUCCGACUGUUGAGGUCGAUUUAUACACCAACAAAGGAGUGUUCCACGCUUCCGUUCCCAGCGGCGAUCCUGCUGGCAUGUAUGAGGCUGUAGACUUACGUGAUGGAGACAAGGGAAUGUACCUUGGAAAUAGUGUUACUAAAGCAGUAAAAAAUAUCAACGAGAAGAUAUCUGAAGCAUUGAUUGGUAGGGAUCCUACGCAACAAUAUGAAAUUGACCAGGCCAUGAAAGAUUUGGAUACGACAGAAAAGAAGGCCGAACUUGGAGCAAAUGCUAUACUUGCCGUGUCGAUUGCUGUAUGCAGAGCUGGUGCUGCUGAAAAGGAUGUUCCGCUUUAUAAGCAUAUUGCAGACCUGUCCGGAAAAACAAACUUGAUACUUCCUGUCCCAGCCUUCACUGUCAUUAGUGGAGGAAAACAUGCUGGCAAUAAUCUGGCCAUUCAGGAAAUCAUGAUUCUUCCAAUUGGAGCUAGCAAGUUUGAAGAGGCACUAAAAAUGGGUUCUGAAACUUUCCAUCACUUAAAGGCUGUGAUUACUGAAAAGCAUGGUGCCCAGGGAUGUAAUUUUGGUGAUGAUGGCGGACUUGCUCCAAACAUAUCCAGUUUUAAAGAAGGCCUGGAUCUUGUACAAGAGGCUAUUGGCAGAACUGGGUAUAACGAGAGAAUCAAGAUAGCAAUCGAUGUUGCUGCUACUAAUUUCUGCAUGGGUACCAAAUAUGAUCUUGACUUCAAAGCUCCAAACAAGUCGGUUCAGAAUUUCAAGUCAGGAAAGGAUAUGAUAGAUAUGUACAAAGAACUAUGUGCUGACUAUCCAAUUGUAUCAAUUGAGGAUCCAUUUGACAGGGAGGACUGGGAUCACACCAAAAAUUUUUCUAGCCUUGGACUUUGUCAGGUAGUGGGAGGUGACUUGUUAAUGUCAAACAAAAUGCGAAUUGAAAGAGCUAUUGACGAGUCCACUUGUAAUGCACUCCUCCUCAAGGUAAAUCAGAUUGGCACGGUGACAGAAGCCAUUGACGUUGUGAAGCUUGCCAAAGUUGCACAAUGGGGAGUUGUGGCAUCUCACAGGUGUGGAGAAACAGAUGAUACGUUUCUAGCCGAUUUUUCUGUGGGACUUUCCACUGGUCAGAUCAAAGCAGGUGCUCCGUGUAGAGGAGAGCGGCUGGCCAAAUAUAAUCAGUUGCUCCGUAUUGAAGAAGAGCUUGGAGAUCAAGCAGUUUAUGCUGGUGAAGAUUGGAGGACAACAUACUGAUUUUUGUUUGCUUUAUACUUCAUUUUCUCGACUACGUUCGAUUUCCUAAUCAGUUUCGGCGACACGGUACAACUCCAACCUCAGUGUUUUCUUCUCUCUAUUCUACAUUGUUUUAUCAGGGUGGUCAUUAGAAAGAUAGGUGGUAUAAUAUCGUGUGUUAUUUAUGUUUCUUGUUUUUAAAUUUAACCAGCAAGUUUUGUGAUUCUGACCCUUCAAGAUUAGGAAGCAAGUUAGCUGUGAAACACCAAGCAUUUUGAGUAGGAAGCUUAUAUCUAUAAUUGUUUGUAAGCAGCUAUUGUUUAGACUUAUUUUUUUUUAUGAUAGAUUCUUUUAAAUAUGGGUUUCUA